AUGAAAGAAAUAUUAAUAUUAGAAUAAAACUUAUAAUCAGUAUAAGCGCCUGUAAUGGUUUGUGGUGAUAUACAUGGUUAAUUUUAUGACUUAUUAGAAUUAUUUAAAAUAGGAGGUUUAGCGCCUGAAACUAAUUAUUUGUUUUUAGGAGAUUAUGUUGAUAGAGGAUAUCAUAGUAUAGAGUGUAUUACAUUAUUGUUUUUAUUAAAAUUAAGAUAUACAAAUAAAAUAACUAUUUUAAGAGGUAAUCAUGAAAGCAAAUAAAUAACUUAAAAUUAUGGUUUUUAUGAUGAAUGCGUAAGAAAAUUUGGGAAUUAUAAUGUUUGGAAUUAUUUUACGGAAUCUUUUCAUUUUUUACCAAUUACAGCUUUAAUUGAAGGACAAAUUUUUUGCUUACAUGGAGGACUUUCACCUACUGUAGAUAAUUUAGAUCAAAUAAGAUAAAUUGACAGAAUAUAAGACAUUCCAUCAGAAGGGUCUAUGUGUGAUUUACUUUGGUCAGAUCCGGAUGAUAGAGCAGGAUGGGGUAUUUCGUCUAGGGGAGCAGGAUUUACAUUUGGAUAAGAUAUGUCAGAAUAGUUUAAUUAUGUAAAUAAUACUAAAUUAAUUGCUAGAGCUCAUUAAUUAGUUUUGGAUGGAUAUUAAUAAACACAUGAAAAAAAUGUUGUAACUGUUUUUUCAGCUCCUAAUUAUUGUUAUAGAUGUGGAAACUAAGCUGCCUAUAUGGAAAUUGAUGAAUAUAUGAGAAUUACAUAUAUUUAAUUUGAUGCAUCUUAAGAAAAUGAAGAUACUGUUGUUUUAAAUAGAAAAAUUCCUGAUUAUUUUCUUUGA